UCUGAUGAUGACGUAGCAUGAUCUAGCUCAAGCUAAUGAAAACAAUACAACAACUUGGUAAAUGCACGCACGUGUGCGAAGUCAGUAGUAGUUGCUCUUGUUUUUUUCAGGACACAGCUAGUCCUAGCUCAAGCCGUCGUGGUCAACGAAGAAAAACAGGCAGUCGGUGCAAGAUGCCCUCGUGUUGGCUUGUGUCGGCAGAUGGGUGUCACGAGCCCAUCUCCUUACCCCACAUGAAACCAGUGGUGUUGGGUCGGUGCCCUGAGACGCGUAUCCAUGAUAAGAAAUGUUCUAGGGAACAAGUUGAGCUGAAAGCGGACAACAACAAGGGAUAUGUCAUGGUGAAACAGCUGGGUGCAAAUCCUACCAGUGUCGAUGAAACGGUCAUCGGGAAAGGGAAUCAGGUGAAAAUUAAGGUUGGUCAGACCCUCUUCAUGGUAAACCAGUUUUAUACAUACAAGAUCAAGUUCACUGAAGACUUUGGGAACGAUUGCAAGACCACAAAGCGGCCACGUGAAGACGAAGAAAAAGCUGUUUCUUCUAGCAAGGUACACAGAGAAGAGCAGCCCUUUCAUGCAAGCAGCUCUCCCUCAAAACCCACUGCUGCCCAGUGUGUCCCGAGAGACAAGGAGCCACGUAAAUUAGGUGGACCAAGUGCAGCUGAUGACCAUGGGGAAGGUCGUGGAGGAUUUUGGAAUCAGGGCCUUAAGGUGUCUAUGCAAAAUCCAAAACUGCAGGUUUAUAAGGAUGAACAAGUGGUCGUGAUUAAGGACAAGUACCCAAAGGCACAGUACCAUUGGCUAGUGCUACCAUGGGAGGCAAUCUCAAACUUGAAAUCUCUUCGAGAGACACAUAGCGAUCUACUGGUGCACAUGCAGCGUGUUGGCCAAAGGAUGGUGGACCAGUGCCCUGAGAAAAACCUCAGCUUCCGCAUGGGCUACCAUGCUAUCCCAAGCAUGAGCCAUGUCCACCUUCAUGUCAUCAGCCAAGACUUUGACUCUCCAUGUCUGAAAACACGGAAACAUUGGAAUUCAUUCACAACCGAUUACUUCAUUGAAUCCCAAGAAGUCAUUGCAAUGCUGGAGAGAGAUGGAAAGGUGGCUGUACAGGAAGGGAUGACUGAGAUGCUAAAUCUUCCUUUGCGCUGCCAUGUAUGCCGAGUACCACAAGCCAACAUGCCCAAGUUGAAGGAGCAUUUGAAAACCCACUCUUGAGUGAUUCCCUGAUUUACCCCUUUCAGAUUUUGUUUAAUUUUGUUUGUUUAUAUUUCUGAAUUAUGUGCUCGCCAGCUGCGUGCAAUUGAUUGUUAGGUUAAGAGUUUCUUGUAUUCAUAUUUUUUGGUUAUUUGUAAAGUGCCAUUUACCAACCUUCAGAGGUUAUGUUCAUGUUAAUUCAUUGUUUUAAAUGGAUUUUUUGAACUGGUCAUUUUCAUGUCAUUUUGCGCACAGAUUGUUUACAGUGGUUGAUGAUGUCAGUUUUUUUUGUUUGUAAAUUGUUAACAUUGAACUUAAACUUUAAGAGAUACACAUCACCACCAGGUGAAGUCACUGCAUGCAGUCCCUGAAGUUGGGUACCGGUAAGUGACUAUCACCUGGGGGUGGAUUAUCUCUUAAAUUAGUUUUGUCACAGCUGGAUAUGAUGAAUGUUUUUUUUUUACUGCUCACAUUUGUUAUUAAAAUUAUGUCUUCCUGAGCAAGGCCGUUGCA